AUGUCAACCGCUCCCACUUCGAAAGAGUACAAAACAUUUUUGGACGUUGUCAAUGCCCGUGACAAUUUCCCCAUUCUGCAGUGGGGUCUCCAGGUGUAUAUCGAUUCCAUCGAUAGGUUUUACCAUCUUGUCAUUCCGCCGGCUGAUCAAACUGUUAGGCUUGUCAUCCCCUCGGUUGUCUCUGCCUUUCGUGGUCUCCAAGGUUGGAAGCUUGACGAGCCCAGCAGGCCAAGGACCUUAGCGCUUGUCGAUGGCACCAACGCCGCAUCGAGGGCAGUCAUUGUCGAGAAGACUCUGCACAAAUUCUGCGACGAGAAGAUACUUGCCAUUCUGUCACGCUGGCGCAACGAGUUGAAGCACAUCUAUGGAUCCAGUGGCGAGCUUCCCUUCAAGGUCGAUCGUGCUGCUGCACCCCUUCUCCGUCUCGUCUCGUAUGGGAUUCACCGGACAGCCUUCACUCGCAGUGACGACGGUCAUAUCAAGCUGUGGGUGCAGAAACGCUCACAGUCCACUGCAUUCUAUCCCGGUCACCUCGACAAUACUAAGUGGCGAUCCUUGAAGGGAGAGCAAGCGACCCUUCCUGAAGAUCUUGUGCGCUCCAGAACCAAGUCAUGCGGAACUGUGACAUAUAUGCAUCUGCACAAUGCCCUUGCUAUCGGCGAGGUCGGUCUUGUUCAGCCACAGGUUGAGGACUUGUUUGAGCUCGAACUGCCGGGUGGGGCUGAACCUAAGCCAUGCGAUCACAAGGUGGAGUGGUUCAAGCUUUUUGAUGCGGAAGAACUCAUAGAGAGCAUCUUACAAGGCAAUCAUAGGUUGCUCUCGAAGCUCAGAUCAUAUGUUAAUCAUCUGGACAUCCAGGUCACGUCAUACCGGGCUACGCUAUGGUUGCUCUAA